UUUGAAGGUUUUGUUACACUUCUAGUCAACCCGAUUUUGGGAGUAUUUAACGACGAUGGAGAUUGACCGAUUUUAACAAUCUUACACACUUCUAGAUGAGGAGAUCUAUUAUUUUUCUAGCGGCGAUUUGUGGGGUCACGUUGGCUGAAAGAAAGGCAAGACAGGAUAAUGUUGGUGACGAUUAUUCUGAUUUUUCAUCUCAACCGGUCAAGAAUGCUGGUGCCAACCAUAAUUUGAAACAAGUAACCUACUCAACAAUCGCACCGAAAUUCGAUAUUCCAACUCGUGCACCACUUUUGAACCCAAAUCCGAUUGGACGCAAUCAGAAUCCCGUUCAAACUACCACAAAGAGGCCAGUUGUCGCCUAUAGAAGAGGGUAUUUCUUCCAGCAUUACCCAUGGGAUAGGCUUCCAAGAAGAUAUCUUCUUCGUCCAGGAAUGACAUAUGUAUAUCCACCACAGUACACAUUCGCAACCUACCGUUAUCCACAUCUGCCAUACACCGACCACUACAGUAUCUACCGUACUCAUCCAGGAAUCGGUUCCGGCUGUGGAGGAGGUGGGUGUGGUGGCGGAUAUCCACAGGGUUACGGUAGCUAUGCUGGUUAUGGAAACAGUGGAGGAUGUGGAGGUGGAAGUGGCACCGGAUGCGGGGGUUAUAACGAUGAUGAAGACGAGGAUUCAUAUGAAGACAGCGAUGAGGAGAAUGGAAAGAGUGGAGAAGCAAAGAUCAACAAGAAGGAUCCAUUGGAAGAUUUGGAGCUGGAAGAUUUGGAAAAACUAUCAAAAUCUGAUGACACAAAAUCUGGAACUUCUGAGGCAGUCACUUCUGAUGAUGUUGAUGUUGAACCAACUGAGAUUAAAAAAUCAAAGUUAGGAGAUGAUGAGGACCUGAUUGACGAUCGAAAAAAAAAAGCAAAAAGAAACUUCCUCGUCAAGUGGGCUUAAUUAACUAAGAAUUUCACUAUUUUUGUUAAAAUUAUUAUUUAUUUUUUGUUAUUGAGGAUCUCAGGGAUAAUUGACAAUUUGCUGCAAUUCGAAUUCUCUGCAAUAUUGUAAAUAAAUAUUUUUUCACUUUUAAAAA